GCUGCCUGCUGCACCUGAAGCUAACAAACAACCAGCGGGAGCUUCUGGAAAAGUUACCGAGCUGCUCGUCCGCAGUCAGGCCGAUAUUAAAUAUAAGUUUAUGGAUAAAUUAAAGAAGGUUUUGAGCGGGCAGGAUGACGGAAACAACGACGGGACCGGAAUACUGGAGAGAGCCAAUCAGGCGUCGACGCUGGCCUGGGGGACCAGGAUGAAGGGCUUCGUGGCGUGCUUCGUUCUGGGCGUCGUCUGCUCCAUCCUGGGCACCUGUCUGCUGUGGAUCCCACGUUCUGGUCUUGCUGCGUUCGCUGUCCUCUACAGUGUGGGAAAUAUCUGCGCUCUGGCCAGCACCAUGUUUCUGAUUGGUCCGUGUCGGCAGCUGAAGACGAUGUGCGCUAAAGAGAGAGCGUUGGCCACCGUCAUCAUGAUGGUGUGUCUGGCCUUGACGCUUUGUGCAGCUUUCUGGUGGAAGAAUAACGGUCUCGCUCUCAUCUUCUGUGUCCUCCAGUUUGUGGCGUUCACCUGGUACGGCCUCUCCUACAUCCCCUUCGCCAGGGACGCAGUCAUUAAACUAUGUUCAAUCUGCGUCUGAGGCCGCCUGGCCUCCGACCAAUCAGGACGCAGGACUGUGUGAGGUGUAUAUCCAAUCAGGACGCAGGACUGUGAGGUGUGUAUCCAAUCAGGACGCAGCUGACCGAAGGCCUUAAACAUUUCAACCUCCGAAACCUGCCAAUCUUCCAAUCAGGUGUCUUAAAAACCCCACAACAGAGACUACAUGGACCCUUUGUUGUUGUUGUUGUUGUUGUUGUUGUUGUUGUUGUUGUUAGCAUGUUAGCAUGUUUCCUGUCUGUUCUGUUAAAGUGUCUGCGACAUUGCAAUCACCAAACUCCACCAGACUCCAUGUAAAUAAUCAGGACUUUUAGCAUGUAUAGAGCCAGCAUAUCUCCACCAGACUCCAUGUAAAUAAUCAGGACUUUU